AUGAAUAUCAUUAUGAAAGCUGUGGGAAAUGCUAUUAAAAAAGGCAGAAUCUUAAGAAUAGUUGAAGCAGCUUAAUUUUCAAAACUUAUUUUUUAUAACUCAAAAAAGAUCAGCUCAAUCACUAAUGUUACUACUACUAUUGUAAAAAUAUAAGUUAGAAAUUUCUUUAUUCUUUUGUUUGAACCUAUUCUAGUCCUAGAAGGUUAAAUUUAUGAUGAGUUUGAGAUAACUAAGCUUCAUCUUUAAAAUCAUAAGAAGCAUUUUGAUCAUUGA